UUAUAAAUUGUACAUAUAUUUUUUAAAAACAAAUAUUUACAAACCAUAUAUUAUAAUAAUAUUCAUUAAAUCACGCAUGAUAUCACAGAAACUGAAUACAUUAUUAGUAUUAUGGUUUUAGUAUAAGAUUAUGUUAGUACACGCUUUGCAUACAUUGUGUACAUAUGAAAAGUAUAGGAUUAAAAUGUUACUCCGAUUGAAAAAAUAUGUGCUCCACUCACAAAUACGACAGUUCACAACACUUCACAUGAAUAAUACAACUCAAAUGAAAAUGAAAACCACGCAUCACUGCAGAGAACUGAAAUACUCAAAUUUAAUAAAUGCAAGUUUUAACAUACAUAGGUUAUUCUUCACUGAAAAUAAAAGUCAAAAAAUUCUAUUGCCACCAUUAAUGACUAAAAUUGUUCCAAGAGAAAGUCUUUUCAAAAUAUUUUGGUCGUAUCUUUAUAUAAAAAGAACAAUUGAUCAUGAGUUUAAUAACGAAACCAUAAUGCAAGGAAUUAAACAGGCAAUACUGGUAAUAUCUGAAGCUUUAAGUAAACAGAACUAUGAAGCGUUAGAUGGUAUUGUAAGUCCAAAAGCUAUAAAAGUACUAAAGCACAGAGUUAACCAUCUCACUCCUAGCCAACAAGAAUUAUUAAGUAUUAAUCUUGAUUUUUUUGGAUUUUUCACUCGAUCAUUAACAUCAAAAAGAAUAAAAGGUAGCAAGGAUGUACUUGUUGAAAUAGCGGUACAUGGAAUGACAAUGAUUGGUAUUCCUGUGGAACGAGAAUCAUAUAUAUAUAUUUGUUAUGUAUUUCAAAGAAAGUAUAAAAAUGGAAUGGGUGGUCCAUGGAUAGUAAAGUUAGUAAAUCAUACGUCAAUGAUUAUUUGAUUAAAUAAAAUUUUUAAUUUGCAAUAAA